AUGGACGGCCACAUGGAUUCGAACGGCGGUAUGCUCCCGGGACAGAGCUUGUCACACCACCCCAAGCUGAAGCCCGGAGAAUCCUUCUACGACGACUACGAUGUCUAUUGCACCGCUGUGCAUUUCCACUUCACUACUCUUCAUAUGGCUGGCGCCUCGUCCUACAACCACGAACCUGACGCCGAAAAGGCCAAACUUUUUCGUUUCUUACUCAAACAUCUCGAAGGCUUCACCUGGCACAAUCUGAAUCAUGAGACAUUCGGUCAUUUGGCUGUUGCGUUGGCGAACGUGUUUCACACCAAGUUCGCUCAAGGCCAGAAGUUCUUUUCCGCCGACGAGAAGAGACGCGCCCAGAAGUUUUACCGCAAAUUGCGAGACGUCAGAUUUGCGACAAUGGCUGGAGAGAACGGCCAGGUCAGUGUCACAGGUUACGACAUGCCCGAUCCUCAGAUGGUAUCAACUCCUGUCAGCCUUCCCCAAGUUCCUCAUCUGUCCUCUCCAGCUGCUGUCCACGACGCUUCUCUCGUGGCCUUUCCAGCCAACUAUCACGGGGGUUAUCUAGCGGCCUCUUCAGACACCGGCCCCGAGCUUGCUCUCGAGGCGUCUAGAAGCACCAGUCCCGAACUUGCUCUCGCGGCGUCUCGAAGCACCAGUCCUGAGCUUGUUUCUCCAGCCUCUUCUCCCAUUGUCGUGUACUCGGACACCGAGCCCACGUCGCCCACCUCGCCCAGCUUUUGCCGCCCACCCGCAGACCACCCGAUCUUUGGCGACGAGGGACCCAUGAGAGGAAUUGCUUACAAGUUGAAGAACAAGAAGAAGUCUUGGGUCGCGAACCCAGACUACGCCCACCUCAAAAAGGAGGCUAAACGUCUCGGACACAACGGUAUCGCCGUCGGCUCAUGGUGGCCUGCUCAGUCAGCCGCCGUAUUCAACGGAGCCCACGCUUCCUGGUACUCGGGUAUCAGCGGAACAUCUCAUGAUGGUGCCUACUCAGUCGUCAGGUCAGGCAAACCCGACCUUCUCGACCGAGACAACGGCGACGUGCUUCUCUACUCCGGAUCGAAGACCGGCAACAAAGCCCUCUUGGCCUCCCUAGAGAACCAGCUCCCUGUUCGCGUGCUUCGUGCAGCCGACACCGGCAAGGACAUCACCAAUGUCUGGGCUCCUGUGGUCGGCAUCCGAUAUGAUGGACUGUACCGCGUUCAUGCUGUCCACGGCCAAGUCGACGGCGAUGACAACGGCAACUCGCACUUGCGGUUCGAGCUCCACCGUUUGGGUAACCAGUUGGAGUGGGCGACGCUCAUGGCAAUCCCUGACCAAGAGCAGCGCAAGAUCCACGGGGAGAUGAAGGAGGGAUACUAA